AUGGAGAGAGAUAGCAUUCGAUACGUGCAGAAGUUUCAUCAAUGCCAAGUCCAUGGAGAUUUUAUACGAGUUCCACCAAAUGAGCUCAAUGUUAUGGGUUCCCCAUGGCCAUUUUCCGCUUGGGGAAUGGAUGUAAUUGGACCCAUAGAGCCUCCUACAUCAAAUGGACAUCGUUUCAUCCUUGUGGCUAUCGAUUAUUUUACAAAAUGGGUCGAAGCUUCGACAUAUAAGGCAGUAACUAAGAAAGUCAUGGCAGAUUUUGUUCGUAACAAUAUCAUUUGUCGAUUUGGGAUUCCAGAAUCAAUUAUAACAGAUAAUGCGGCCAAUCUCAAUAGCGAUCUUAUGAAGGAAAUUUGUGAGCGAUUCAAGAUUACUCAUCAAAAUUCCACAACUUAUCGGCCAUAG